AUGAUUCAGUUGAAAAAGUUCCACACCAACGAGGAACUCACGAUAAACUUUCGGCCCACGACAGUAGUCUAUUAUCAGUUAUCAUUCAACUUCGAUUCAGGUGAUAUGGCGAGAUAUGAGUACUGGCGUAAGACAUCAGAUGCUGUGGUCGUCAAGCAAUUGGGUUGCACCUUACUAAUCGCAAUGAAAGAUGUCUCUGGAGCUGGCUUUCUUCGUAGGUACGCCCUCAUUAGCGGAGAAAGUCGUAAAAACGUCGUCACCGCCUACAACACUUUUCGAGCCACUUUUAUUAACUUGCCGGAAUAUGAAGGAGAAUGA